GCCGUCGGAAACUUCGAUUAUGCUCUAUCGGCAAGAGUCACAACUAACAGUGUUUGUGUAAUUAGUCAGUGCUUCUUACGUUUAUGUUUGACAGUUACGGAUCACAUUUAUUACGGGCAUCCUAUAUAAAAUCAAGAUUCGCGUUUGCCGCCUUCUUCGCUCAUCUGCAGCAGCAUCCUCGAGAGUGUCUGUGCGCGGCGCGUUUCGUGAACGAUGUGAUCGUGGCGGCGCGGCGUUAAAAUUACCAAAUAAAUGAGUAAGGAACAGCAAUGUUAAAAGACUGUGAGAACAUCGAACGUAGUGGAGAAUCCCCUUGCUCAAAUCACAUUGGCGGUUCCGCUGAAGCGGUGGCGUGCGCGGGGUGCGGAACCCGAAUUCACGAUAGAUACUACCUUUUAGCUGUUGACAGACAAUGGCACGGGCACUGCCUUAAAUGUUGCGAAUGCAAAUUACCAUUGGACUCUGAACUUACCUGUUUUGCAAGGCAGGGAAAUAUUUAUUGUAAGGAGGAUUAUUACAGGUUAUUUGCUGUACGGAGAUGUGGACGUUGUCAAGCAGGAAUAGCAGCUAACGAAUUGGUUAUGAGGGCACGAGAUUUAGUUUACCACCUUCACUGUUUUUCGUGUACAUCUUGUGGAGUUUUACUGUCGAAGGGCGACCAUUUUGGAAUGAAGGAAGGACUGGUUUACUGCAGGGCCCACUACGAAUUACUAGAAUAUUACGAUCCGGUGGACAUUUUUCGUGGAAGGGAAUCAAAUUUUUAUCACAGUGGUACGACACAUCACAAAGGUCGACCGAGAAAAAGAAAAUUAGAAUCGGAAAAUUCUUCGCCCUGCUCGGAUCUACCUGUCGCGAUGGGGAUGACUGCUGCGACUUUGGAGCUGCUACAAGGAGAUUUAAGCCAAUCGGUGGAUAGUUUAGCUUACGAUUCGUCCGUCGCCUCGCCCGCUUCGAGUACGGGUCACCAAAGUCAAAGGACGAAAAGGAUGCGAACGUCGUUCAAGCACCAUCAACUGCGUACAAUGAAAUCGUACUUCGCGAUCAAUCAGAACCCCGACGCUAAAGACCUGAAGCAGCUCGCCCAAAAGACGGGACUUUCGAAGCGUGUUUUGCAGGUGUGGUUUCAGAAUGCCAGGGCCAAGUGGAGAAGGAACAUCAUGCGACAGGAUGGGUCGGCUGCGGGCUCGGGCGCUAACGGCACCGGACCGAACGGGCCGGGUUCUGUCGGUUCCGUUUCCGCAAUUCUGGGUGAUUCAAAUAGCUUGUCGAGCCAGUCGGGAAUCGACGACGUUCACCACCAUCUUCAGAAUUCACAAACUUUAAAUUUUAGUGAUAUUUAUUAAUAAAUUAUAAGCGUGCGCGGGACAAUGUCGAACGGAUCGGUGCACAAAUGUUCCUUUAGAUAGUGAUAUGAAUUAUAAUAUAUAACUGUAAAGUAGUUAUAUGUUAACCAGCAGUAUUUAAGCCGGAUUUAGGUGCAAUUUUUCAUGUUUUACGGCAGGCAACCGUUUUGAUAUGUUUGUCUAUGUUAAACGAAACCAACGAUAAAUGUGUACUUUUAAUUUGGAUAUUUUCUGUGAAAGUAUUAUAAAUGUGUAUAGUAAUAUAUA